AUGGUAAAGCUACUUGCAACUGCAGCUGCGUUAGCACUGCCAUUUCUCUCAAUGGCGGCCCCAGAUACUGGGAGAAUCGUGGGUGGCAAACCAGCUCAUCCCGGUCAAUUCCCUUCGAUACUUUCCUACUCAUAUUUUGGGAGAAAAGGAUGUGCUGCUGUAUUGAUUAAACCCGGUGUCGCAGUCACAGCAGCACACUGUGUUUUCGAAUGGAUGAUUAAGCAUUCAACUGUCCGUGGUGGAACCCUUAUUUGGAAUGUUGGCGGAAGGCAUGUAGCAGUUAACUCUACUUUAAUCCAUCCAAAAUAUGAGCGAGCCACCCACAACUCCGACAUUGCUCUUUUGUACCUCAAUGAUACCAUAGCGGAGGGUGCGGGAAUUGGCUAUGCCGAACUACCGGAGCAGGGGCACGAUCCCAAGCCUGGCUCAAAAGGAACGGUAGCAGGCUGGGGGCGAACUGCUCAUAAAGGACCGCAGUCUAAUAUCUUAUUAUUUGUGGAUGUUCCAGUCAGGAACCGAACAACCUGCAAGAAAGCUCAUGCUGAGGCCAAGAAGCUUAUUACUGAGAAUAUGGUCUGUGCGGGAGAGGAAGGAAAAGAUUCAUGUCAAAAUGAUAGUGGUGGCCCUUUCUAUGAGUCGGGGACCAAUAAACUGAUCGGGAUCGUGUCAUGGGGUGUCGGUUGCGCGUCAGCAAAAUAUGGAGGGGUGUAUACGAGAGUUGGUAUGUUCCGCGACUGGAUUGAUCAAAAUAUCACACCGACUGGUGUUGAGGUAGAUUUUGGGCGAUCCAACUUCUCGUGA